CGACACCAUAGCAUUCACUCUCUUCGAUACAACAUCUCUCGCUCUCUCGACAACUCUCCUAAAACAAACUCUUUCAAUAUGUUCUUUUCCCGACCUCCCCUCUUGCCAGUCUCCAAAUCUCCUCAUCUCUAUUGCACCUAAGAUUUCUCUCUGUUAGUUUCAAUAUCCAAAUCUCCUCAUCUCUAUUACACCUGAGAUCUACCUCUCUCCAUUCCUCUCUCAAUUUCUACAUCUCACUCACUCCAGAUCUCAUCAGAAGAGAGAUGUCGGGUAUGGGAGACAGGUAUGUGGGCACAAGACGGCGUGAGGAUCCGAAGGCUGGAGAAGCAAAGAGAAGCUGAGAUAGGUUUCCGAACCUGACCUUAGAUCUUCGGCCAUUGCCUCACUCGUGGAAGCCCCUUGGCUAAUUAGGGUUUUGGGAUUUGGGGAAACUGGACCCUGAGGAAUUGGGGAUUGUAGGGUUUGGGAGGAGGGGUCGAGGGUGUAGAAGAUAAGGUCACCGAAGGUGAUACCGAGGGAGGCGAGGGAGUCGUAGGGAGAGGAGGCGUGGAGGUCAUCGUGGCGGUUGAGGGAGAGGCGGAGAGAAGAGGGAGCAUCGGAGAUGGAUUCGGAGAGGGAUUGUUUGAGGUGGUGGAGAGAGCAGAGAUUCGGGACCUCAAUUCAGAGAGUCUGUUUGGACUCAAUAGCAGGUAUCUCAUCUGGUAUUGUGGAAGCUGUAUAUAUCACCGGCUUCCCCAAAGAAUCCGACCUCAAAUUGACCACUGCCACUACCAAACUCAAGCUUCGAGAAGGUUUGACUGGCCUCCUCGUCAAGAACCUCUACUUGUCCUGCGAUCCUUACAUGCGAAGCCAUAUGACCAAGCAGAAGGGAGGGGGUGAGGAGGGGGGUAGGUCCAUCUGGAACACACCGACUCUCUACUGCCCAUCAGACCAUUUGUGUGAGAACCAACACGACAGGCCCACUUAUGUCCAAUCCUUCACACCCGGCUCGCCUGUAAUUGGUUUGGGAGUGGCUAAAGUCCUGGAAUCUGGGGAUCCAAAGUUUAAGCCAGGGGACUUGGUUUGGGGUCACACUGGUUGGGAAGAAUAUAGUGUCAUCACCACAGAGUUUCUGAUUAAGAUUCACCACACUGAUGUGCCUCUCUCUUACUAUACUGGACUUCUCGGUAUGCCUGGAGUGACUGCUUAUGCUGGUUUUUAUGAGAUCUGCUCUCCUAAGAAAGGAGAGACAGUCUACAUUUCAGCCGCAUCUGGAGCGGUAGGUCAGCUUGUUGGCCAAUUUGCAAAGUUAACAGGUUGUUAUGUUGUUGGGAGUGCUGGAAGCAAGGAAAAGCAGCGGAUUCUGAGAAUGCUGUAGCUGCCGUAAAUGUAAGUACUUGGAGCACCAAAUGAGAGUAUUUGGCUGCUGUAUAAUUAGCACAACAACUUCCUGUAUUUGGAGCACUGCAACAUCCUAGAACUCUUUCAAUGAGGAAGCCCCAUUACUGUUCUUUAGGCCAUGGAGAGUGCCAAUGUUAUGAAGUGAAGCCUAAUUUUGAAGACAAAAGCUAAGAAGAGCAGGAGAUCAGUGAAUUAGAACUUGACUUGGAUUUUUUUCUGUUCUCCUAUUUUGUAGAUACAAUUAGCAUUAUCAGACCCAUUUAGAUUGUUAUGGGAUUAUAACAACUAUCUAUUAUGAUUAAUUUUCUGUUC